AUGCGGGCGGACAUGGGCGAGAAGCAGGUGACGUACAUCGAGAUGGAGGACGCAUCAGACGACUUCUUCAUGCUGUCCUUUUUUGAGCCUGAGCGCACGAACAUGCUCACGGCGUCUGGUCACCGAUUGGAUUGGGAAGUUGUGGAUGCGGACAACGGCAGAUCGCACCCGGAGAUGAUAUAG